AACUUCUAUAAAAAAACAUUUAAAAGUAUAUUAUCAAUGAAUCCGAAUCAAGUUAGCGAUGCACAAGUUCAAACAAACAAUCAAACCUUGGAAGUAAAUAUCGAUAAUGUGUCAAAUAAUGAUAGCACAUUCUCUUCACGCGCUACCACAAUUGAUGGUGAAUACUUUACGCCAUCAGAUUAUGAAACCGGACAAACAAACGACAAUUCACCUGAAGUGGCUCUCGAGAACGUCGACGAUAAUGGUGUGGAUGGUGACCGACUAAUUAGCUUUAGAAGGGCUCAAGGUCGCCAGAUUCAACGCGCUAUCGAUUACGUAGACCGAUCACAUAAAGAGGAUCUAUUCUCUAAGUUUGAGUAUAUCUUAUGACAACUUGGUAUGGAGAUUAAUAAAAUACGUGACGCUUCAUCAAGCGUCCAACUGGAUUUACUACUUCAAAAUUGUAUAAAUGAAAGGAUAUCACCUUAUCAAAAACUCACAAAGAAGCUCAAUUACGGUCUUAGCGAUAUAGCAAAAGUUAAUGACUUCGACGCUGUUAUUAAGAGAUUAAAGAAGCGCUUUAUCAAGAAUACAGGUAGAGCUCAAUAUUAAAAUACUCGAUUUGGUGAAACACCACCUUUCAAUCUUAUCGAAGUUGAGAAGCUCGUCAAGGCAUUCUCUAAAAUCGAAUUUGUGGGUGCAGCUGACCAUAUUAAGAAGAGGUAUAUCAAAGUAUGGUCAGUAUUCCUUUCCACUUCACCAGAAGAGAAGAUAUGGGAAAAAUGUACGAGAAAUGAGAGUUCAGACUAGUAAGAUUGAUCUUCAUAAGAUGACACCAAAGACGCGCAAGAAAGUCUUAUUGAAAGAUAUCAACAAGGCAUUCACUAGAGAUGUAUUCAUCGACUGCAGACUUCAUAAACCGAGCGAGAUCCAGGAGAUCUUCUUAUUAGUUCAAGGUCUGAAAUCAUAAAUCAUUCACCUUAUGUUUAUACCAAAUUGAUGCAUUUAUAAUUUUCUGCAUUCCCAAGAGAAGACAAAGGAAUCCAGCUCGAUAAGGAAAAUAACGCCUAAAUAGGUAACUUAUGUUGCUAAGAUGUGUAAUUGAGGUUGAGAAUACAGUUAUCGCAGUCGUUGUCCUGUGUACUUGCAAAUAUACCAGUGGGUGGAGUAGCUAGUUUGA